AUGACCGGCAUCUCAGUCACGUCAACCGCUGUUUCAUUUGUCAACAAGCUACGCGGAAAGUCCAAUCCGUACGAAAAGGCUCGUCACACUCAGUCCAAUAUCACUUCACCAAACAACACAACAUAUCAAUCGCGAAAUGUCGUCCCACAAAACGACUUGCUCGUAGAAGCCCGUGAAGCAGCGGGCCUCGACCCAGUCACAGGUCGUCGGCGUACACAUGUGGCUCACCAAACGCUCAGUCAACAGCAGCCAGCACCAUAUGGUGCUAGUCAGACGCCUGAAGAACAGAAAGCAGCAUAUUUAGCGUGGGCAGCACAGAGGCCGCAAGAGAGAGGACAGCCAUAUGGCAGUUAUGAGGAGUUUGUACGUGAGAUGAUUGAGAAGAGGAAUGGGAGGGACGCUGCGGGUGAAUUGUCGGGUUAUUAUGCGCCGGAGAGGAGGGUGGAGGAGUAUUAUUCUCAUGCAGUGAGGGGCUAG